UUUGCAUAUAUAUGUGCGUUUAUAUAUUGGUGUAAUUCAUCAAACUCAAAUAUCAAUCAAUAAGCAAUUUUUGUUCAUUACAGCAUAUAUACAUAACAAAGAAGCAAGGAGGCAAGUUUAGAGGGAGGAAGAAUUUGCGGAAGACUCAAUGGCUGCUAGGCAAAGAACCACGAUGACUCAAUCACAAGCCGCGGACACUGUCUACAAGGAUUUUCAGCCCAAGUCGGAAUGGGUCGAAGAGGCAGCCGCCAACGUUCUAACUAUCCAUCUUCCAGGCUUUAUGAAGGACCAAGUCAAAGUCACGUACGAUGAGAAGCUGCCUAAGAUGACAAUUCGCGGGGAGCGCCCGGUCAGCGACAAUGUUGUGAGUCGGUUCCUCAUGGACUUUACCAUCCCCGAUAACUGCAAAAUCAAUGAGAUGAAAGCGAAAUUCGACCAGCGCCAGGUCCUGAGCAUAACAAUGCCGAAGAAGACCAUUACCCCGGUGAUUGCUCGGCCUAGCAAUGCAGCACCGAAGGAUCAAACGUCGAGCCCCAUGAAAGCUGCCACCACGGAAACAAAGCCGCCUCCAAAACCUCAAAAAGAAAAAAUCAGUCCCCUGGAAACUGGUACUGCUGCUGCUACCUCCUCUGCAAUGGGAAAAGAACCGGAAAGGAAAGCAGAGGAGAAGGUUACUUCCCCGACCCGGAGUCCAAAGGCUCCUGCCCUUACCGAGCCCAAGACUGAAAAGGAAACUUCCUCAAAAGCUACUGGGCAGAAGCAAGCAGAUGACAAAGUUCCACAGCCAUUCAACCCUCUCGGGGACACGAGCAGGCCAAGAUCAGAGGAGGUUCGGGAAGAAACCUCCUCGAAGGCCCCUCUGGUCCAGGACGUGCAGAAGCCAACAGAUGACUGGAAGAAAAGCGAACCGAGUGUGAAACAGGUCAGUCAGAAAGUUGCCGAGCAUCAAGAACUUAAGGCUAUGAAGGAGAAGGACCAAAAUCAAUCGCAGAGCAAGGAGUCAUCAUCACAAGCGCUUGAUAGGAUUGGGAAGGAGGCGGGGGGUCCGGCUGCAGCAGCCAAAAGGGCAGUGUUGGGGCUGGACGAGGAUCGGAGGUUCCUGCUUAAUGCAGGGGUGGCGGUUCUCGUGAUCGUGGCGGUCGGAACUUAUUUUGGCUACAAGUGGGGCUCUUCCGGUGGAUCACACACCAAAAGCUAAAUCGAACGAAAGUAAUGCACUCCGAAAUAAAUUGUGCAUAUACAGUCAACAUGGAAUAACAUGAUAUUGUAACAUCUCUACAUGUGACUCGCGUUACCCUCUUAAAUUUGAUUUGUAAAUUUUAAUCACACUAGGCAUGUAUUACGUUGCAAAUUAAUCAAUAUAUAUAAUAACAAGGGAUUUGCCCA